UCUAUCUCUGAUUCAGCUAGCACUUCUUAUAUACUCUCACAAAGAAACUUUCACUAUAUUGCAUUACUUAUUCACUAACUUUUUUCAUUCUUCAAUUAUCUUCUUCAUUAUCAUUAUCAUUGAACAUUAUCAUCUUAUUCAAGAUUUCUGUCUCUUCUUCUAUUCAAUACCUUCUAUCUGUUUAUCUAUUAUAUUAUACACAUUUCUGAUAAUAACUUCUCAUUCUCAUAACAAGCAUCAUCAUAGUGCUCAUAUCAAACAGUUUGUUAGUA